CAUUCACGCUCUGUGCCAUCUCGCAUGCCUGUUGAACCUAGCUCGUCUUCUCCAGCCUCCCCAGCACGGUCUGAUUCGGAGGAAUCCCUUCAGGAAUUAAUCGACUUACUCUUGGACGAUGUAGCUAACGACACAUCAUCUUCACCUCCCCCCGAAUCUGUGCCCACCGAUUUCCGGGACCUUCUUCACGACGGCGAACUUUACUGGAGAGAUCACUACAACUGGCUCUUGGAGAGGGGAUACAGGCUACGUCCUCGAUAUAGUCCAGAAUGGGUGCCUUCAUGGGACAAGGACCCGGAAGUCCAAGGAAUAUCGGAGGACUCCCUCGUGUUUAUUCACAGUAACAUCAACGACGCCAUCCAAAUUUCCCAAGAUAGACACGUCGUUCUGAAGAGAGUCUCUAGGUCAGAAGACCCGGAGGAGGUUAGCAUCUUGGAUUAUUUCUCCAAGGAGCCAUUGUCUUCGCAGCCAGAAAAUCACUGCGUCCCGCUGAUAGAGAUUUUACACCCGCCGGGAGAUCCUGACCACGACAUCGUGGUCUUACCAGUCCUUCGACAAUACGAUAACCCGGAGUUCGAGACGAUCGGUGAAGCCAUCGACUUCAUCCAGCAACUUCUCGAGGGAUUCACUUUUCUUCAUGAGCACAGAGUGGCCCACAGGGACGUCAAGGUCGAAAACCUAAUGAUGGAUCCCGAAGCCAUGCAGUUCCAACGAUUCCACUUCUGCCUCCCUGGAAUUCCCCAUGAAUUUAAGGAUAGAAGGAAAGCUAGUCCCAUUUCAUGGAGGUUCUCUAGAACGGAGCGUCGACCGAAGUACUAUAUAAUCGACUUUGGCUAUUCUAGUCAAUAUACCGAGGAACAAAUGCCUCCCCGCGAUCGGGCAAUUGAGACAAGCGACGACUCACUGCCCGAACUAAAGGACCAGUCCAAACUUUAUAAUCCAUUCCCCAGCGACGUCUACUAUGUCGGGAACAUGUUACGCAGGGAUUUCUUGGACGGAUUUGGGGAGUACAACCGAGACCGAACCGGUCGUCUCAACUUCGAGUUCUUGCGGUCUCUGGUGGAGGCAAUGACCAAGGAAGACCCGGAGGAGAGGAUAACGAUGAAAGACGCCCUCGAGACAUUUGACUCGAUUGUGGCCACGCUUCCUUCGGCAACCCUGAGGUCUCGCGUGAUACCGAGGCCUGAAGGGCGCAUCCGUAAAGAAGGUCCCAUUCAAACUGUCACAAGAUCGACGAUGCAUUGGUGCAGACGGUUCAGGUACAUUGUAAAACGACUUCCGCCAAUUCCCUCCAGCACGUCAUCGUGA